AUGCCAGAUUCGAAAGAAAACCAAGGAAGUUAUUCUAUGUAUCCACCAUCUCCAGUACCUCCAGCAGCCCAAAUACCACCAGGAGCUGCAGCUGCAGCUGCUAACUCAUAUAUUUACACAAAUCCGUACCAUUCUCAAUAUAACUAUGGUUACCCACUCGGAAUAGAAAUUUAUCCUUCCCAAACGAUGCAAUAUAUGGGGUAUCAUCAGCCAGCAAUGGCUUAUGGUAGUUAUGGUGGGCCAGCACAAGGUGCAGUUCCAAUGAAGAAGAAGUUUUACAGCAAUAAUACCAACUAUAAGAAGGACAACCAAUCUAAUGGCAAUGUAGGUGCUGGUUCUAUGAUGCUUAAUGGGGUAAACCACAGCAAUGGGAAUAACAACGUUGCUAAUAUGGAUUCUAAUAAACCAGUGCAGGUAACCAUUAAAAACUUGUUCAAGUUUGAACUGGGCAAUAGCAACAGUGUUCGUAUAGAUGGCUUAAAAAUCGAAUAUCCUAUGUAUGUGAACACUACUGCUGAGGAAUUCGCGAAGGCUAAGGUAAAGAGGCAUAUAUUAAGAUUGGAAGCUUUGAAGGACUUGGAGAGUAAGAAGGAUGUGCCUGUAUCUAAAAAGGAUUCUGAUCAGAAGGACAGAAAGUCAAAUUCAGAACAAAAAUUCAGAGAGGCCGCUUCUACCGAAGAUGAUAAAGUUGAAUCUAAAAGGCAUACUGAACAUGCAGAAAUAAGGGAUUCUAAAAAUGAAGAGCAGUCUAUAAGAAAGGACAGACACGAUGCUGAAGUCUCGAAUAGUUCUAACAGGGAUCCUUCACCUAAAAAAGAUGAAUACAAACAAUCACAGAAUUUGGGUAAGAAAAAGGAGGAUUCUGAGUCCAAUUCUUUUACUGCAUCAACUAAUGUGAAAAGUGAGGACAAAAGAGGUGAUGCGCCAGUUAAAACGUUAAAGCCGUGGUCCCAAAUAGCUUCAAGCGCCGUUAGCAAAACUAAACCUAUUUCUAUAACUACAUCAACGUUAUCAAAAAGAGAGAAGAAGUAUGUUCCAUCUAACAUUAAAGGUUCAGAACCUGUCGGUGCGGUUGCAUUAAGGAUGAGCUUUGACAGGGACUACAAGAAAUAUGUGAAUGACACUGCUCCAGAAACAACAAAGGCUAUUAACACAAUUGUUCCCAGGGGUAUAUUGAACAAGGGUAAUAUCUGCUUUAUGUCUUCUGUUCUACAAGUGUUGCUAUUUUGCAAACCAUUUAUCAGCAUGUUGAAUGCAGUUUGCACAAGAACAGGAACAAAAUCAAGUUGUUCACUUCCGCCGUUGCUAGAUGCCUGUUUAGACUUCUAUAAGGAAUUUGAUAAAGGUAAUUUCGAAAAGGAAAGAGGUGAGAAACAGUCAAUUUCUGGAAAUAACGGGAAAGCCUCUAAAGGUGUGACUCGUUUGCCCUUAGCUGAUGUAAUUGAUCCUGAAUCAUUUUACAAGAGUAUCUCAAAAUUGUCUAUGUUCAGAGAGUUACAAUGGGGCCACCAAGAAGAUGCGGAGGAAUUUUUAACUCAUUUUCUAGAUCAAUUACAUGAAGAGUUUGUUUCUGCUAUAAACACUUUGAGCUCUAAUGAAAUCAUGAAUUUGUUGCAGAGUAUAUCAGAUGAUGAGCUAAAAACUGAGUUUAUAAGAUCAUUGCCUAAGUAUAAGAGUUCUGAUUUCGUAAGGAAAAUGAGCGCAGAAUUAAAAACACUGAUUGAAAAUUACGGCAGCAAUCCAGAAUCUGAAAGCAAUUCUAACGGAGAUGAAGAUAUUUGCGAAUGGCAUGAAGUAAGUAAGAAAGGUAAAAGGGCUAAAAAUGCUGUGAAAAGAACAAUGGAAGUAGAGCCUUCUCCUAUUAUGUCCAUAUUUGGUGGCGAAUACAGAUCAGUAUUAGACAUUCCACAAAACAAGGAGUCGCAAUCAAUAACUUUGGAUCCUUUCUACACAUUACAUUUACACAUUUCAGAUCCCGAAGUAAACGAUCUAGAAUCAGCUUUCAAGAAGUUCAGCGAUUUCGAAUAUUUACCAUAUAAGGCUGAUUCGGGGAAUGAUGUAGAAGCUAAAAAACAAGCAUUUAUUGAUCGCUUACCUCAGGUGCUGCUUAUUCAGUUGAAGAGAUUUGAAUUUGUUAAUAAUAAUUCAGAAAGAAGAGAGUUGGUUAAUUAUAAUGCGUACAAUGGGCGCAUUGAAAAAAUUUGCAAAUGGAUCAAGUAUGACCACGACUUAACUAUUCCAAAGGAAGCGCUUUCAUCAAUUAAUGCAAAAUUCUUGUUCUCUGAUAAUGACACUAGCUACAAGUUAACUGGUGUGGUUUAUCACCAUGGGCUUUCAUCCAGCGGCGGGCAUUACACAGCAGACGUACUACAUCAGGAUGAAGAAAAAUGGUACAGAAUUGAUGAUACGACUGUUACGGAAAUAAAUAAAGAAGAAGUUGUCACAGGUGGCGAAGAGGGAUCUCAUUCAAGAACAGCAUACAUUCUGAUCUAUCAAAGAGCUUAA